AAAUUAAACAGCAAGGAUUGGAAGGAUUGGAUGCUUGAACUAGCAUCCAGGUAGGGGUAGAGGAGAAGGAAGGCUAGAGAGUCAUGGCUAACUGCCUGGCUAGCUUGAGCAUAGCCAUUUGCCGAGAUGGAGAAACAGGAGAAGACAUAAGUUGCAGGAGGAAAGAUGAACUCUAUCUGGGACAGGAAGACAAAUACUCUCCUAUCAGGAGGUGAAGGAAGACAACAAGGAUGCCAAAUUUCUCUCCUUCCGUUCUAACACACAUCAUCUUGGGUUGGCAUGGAAGAUGUGAAUAAUCAAUACCUGUCUCUGCUGAGGUCCUCAUUAAUAUGAACAGCACAUCCUAGUAGUGUGGUACAAUCCUGUGAAAAAUAAGGAAAGUGCCAGUCUCUGGAAUAAAUAAUCCUCAUGGGCCGUUGUGUUGGAGAAAAUGGUGUGCUAUCUUCAGGUAGCUUCCCUUUUUUCUCAAAGUGCCUUUGCUUACUUCCUUUAUCAGCUUUUUAGAGUCUCACAGAAAUUCCCAGUGCUGCCUUUUGUGAUGUCAUCCCCUAAAGGAAGUCAGACCCAGAAGGUGAAGCGACCCGUUUAUAAACAAAAGGGACCACUAGAGAUCCCACCCCCAUCAGAGAAGGACUGGUCUAAAGAUGAUGAAGAGGAUUAUGGCUUCAAGGAUCCAGAUCAGGAGCUGGAUUCCCUGCCUCAACCUUAUCGGAUGAUAAACAAGCUAGUAAACCUUCUGUUUGAGCGGUCAUGGGAAAUUAUUGAGGAGAGGGAGGCAUCAAGGGAAGCCGAGCUCAGUCGGAUCCAGCCCACAAUCUACUCUCCACUUGAAGAAAUCAAGCUGAGCACAAUGCCAAACUGUAUAGCUGUUUCUCAAGACUAUAUGUUUAUUGGAGGAGCCAAAGGAUUCUCAAUCUAUCAUCUGUACAAUGCUAAACGAAUAUGUGCUUGGGAGAAACUUAAAGUUGAUGUCACUUCCAUCUGGGCCACAGAUUUGGGGACUGAAAUACUUAUUGCUACUGUGGAUGAAAUUGGUAUCAUUAGACUGUUCUAUUUUUAUAAGGAAGUUCUUUUCCUAAUCAAAACCAUCAAUGAAGCAGAUGAUGCCAGCAAGCAAACCACCUGUAUAAAGAUGGAGCUCUCUCACAGAGGGGACUUUGCAGCUUUCCUCCUACAAGGAUCCGGAGAUGUUUGGCUGGAUGUGUAUAAAUUGCCCAAAGAGUCUUGGCUCAAAGAAGUGGAACACCCGCUCAACACCGUAAAUCUAAAGAAAAAAGCCAAACCGCUGCAACUGAACAAUACUGAUCACGUAACUGCUGAUCAUUUAGAAACGGAUGCGAAUGCUGUUUUUAAAGGAGAUGCUAAGUUGAGCCAUCCAGUUUCCAUAAUGAAGAUUAAACCUCCUAAACCAGUCACAGGCACUACAUUUAAAAGCCCCCUGGAAGUCUUUGCAAAGAUAGAGGACUGCUAUGGGCUGGGCUCUGGGCAGAACCACUUCAUCAAGGACAGUCAGUGGGAGCAGCAAGCAGCCAUCUUCCAUGCUUCAUACAAGAAGUAUCUGGAUGGGGAACGGGAGGAGGAGCCGCCCCUCAGUGUGGCCACAUUCCAUUUUCUCCUCCCUAGCUGCGUAUUUGCAAUGCCAGCGGAAGUCAAGAGCCCUUCAGGAACAGCCUGUAUCCUUGGCAUACACUGGACUGGGAGUCAUAAUUUCUUCCUCUAUUCACUUCACCGAACUCUGAAGGAUAAAGUUGACCCUGAAGGCGUGUGGCCGUGUGCAGCGCCCAUUGUAGCCUCUGCUCUUAGCAGCUGCUGCUCCUACCUGGUACUGGCCUGUGAGGACGGUGUGCUCACACUGUGGGACCUGGCUGAAGGUUUCCCUCUUGGGGUCAUCGCUCUUCCAGAGGGAUGUUUCUGCCAAAGCAUUCACUUCCUAAACUACUUCCUGGUCCACAAAAAACAGAACAUGUAUCCCGAGGGGCCAGUGAAAUCCAAAAUGAAAUGUGUGGUGUUGUGCACGGAUGCCUCCCUGCAUCUGGUGACAGCCAACGGGACCCAAGGACCCACCAUCAGUGUGCUUGUGGAGAGGCCGGAAAAGCACCUGAAUGAAACCAUCUGUGCAGUGGCCCCGGUCCCAGCCUCACCUGGCAUGCUGCUGAUCUUUUCCUGGGAUGGCUCUGUGUGCCUCAUGAAUGUGGCCAAGCCUGAAAUCAUCUGUGCUUUUGCUCCGCCCAGAUCCUACCACCUGGUGGUCCCUUGGAAGCCAGUAUUUGUUGUAUCUUUACACCAUCCGUGUUUCCUGCUUCGAGGAGACCAUCCAGAUGAAAUUGAAUGUACCGGCAAUGCCACGGAGAUCAGAAAUUCUAUUUUCUAUUUUAACUUUGAGGCCUACCCACUCCUGGAAAAGAUCUCUGGAAACUGCACCAUUCCUCAGAGUGACUUGACAGAUAGCAACGCCUCCUCCGAGACACUGCCUUUGGAGAAGAGAUGCGAGCAGUUCCUCCAGAAGAGGUUUGAGAAGGUGAUGAAGAACACGAUGAGAGAUCAAGAGCACUGGACCCGGCUUCGGAGGUACUCCUUGUUUCUCCAAAGAGAAGGCUUUCAGAAGUGACAUGGCCACCAUGCCGGGGCCGUCUGUGAAGGCUUCUGCCACCAGGCAACUGUUUCCUAGGACACACUGAGUCAAAGGCAUGUGGUAACAAACCACAGUGACAAGGAACUACACUCCCCAGGCCCAAGGGGCCUGGAUUGUGGUCUGGGACCUUUGCAAAGCCAGCAGAGAGAAAAGGUACUCUCUUGGGGGCCUUCAACCACUAAGCCUCUUGUCAGAGCCCUCACGGGGGAGCAUGUGUUACCCAAAUAAACAAUGGUAUUGUUUCCAGAAGCCAAAGUUUCUGUGGUUUGUAACUUACUGUUCCCACCCAAUCCAGACUCCAGCAGGGCCCAGCCAAUGAUUCCAACCAGAGUCCCAGGCUUUCUGAGGGCUGCUCACAUCAU